CCAACCACGAGAUGGAGUUCAGCAGUGCUCGUGUUGACCACCUGGUGCGGAGGGUGAAGUCGCCGCGUGAAAUGACGGAGUUCUUCGAGGGCCGGGGGGACCUUCUCUACUACCGGCACGCUACGUUUUCAGAACCAGAUCUGGAUCCGGAUGACCGACCGCUGGAGAUGGUGGUGGAGCGUUUCCACAGGAACAGAUCCAAACCGGCCAACGGAGACGUGGCCCAGCGAGUGUUCCUAUUGGCUGAAAGACGGAUCGAGCUGACCUAUCACUUAGAGGAUCACCGAUUUAUCCCUUCGAAGAGGAGCUUCAUCAAACCGCAGGAGUCGACGGAGAACAAGAAGGCCGAGGACUUCACAUCCGACAUGGAAUCCAGCUUUCAGGUUCAGGUGGAUCCAUCUGAGAAGCCUCUUAAGACCCUGGCUCUGUACAACAUGCUGGUGGCUCUGAUGAAGGAGGAAGAGAAGGUGGUUUUCCAAAUCAAAGCGUCUAAGCAAGAGGUAACCGUGUCACCUGGAGUAAAAGUAUCGCUAGAGUCCCAAUUCAGAGUUAACAUCCCACAAUAAUCAUAGAUUCUGGAUUUCUGAAUGACGGACGAACCAUCCUUGUUAUUCUAAGAACAUCUUUUUUUAAACAUGUCUGGAAAAGCUCUUUUAAAUUAAGUCUGGUCUAACCUUCCUACCCAUCCCACU